CGGGGCCUCCGAUGGGUUGGGCCCUAGUCUGGCUAGGGCACUUCCUAGAGGCCCCGCCGGUUUUGCAGCAGCUUGCUGGGGACCUGGCGCUGCGCGAUGGGCUGCCUGCUGCUGCUCCUGCUGCCCGCGCUUGGCGCGCUGCUACUGCUGCUCGGCCUCGGGCUCUUCCUGCGGGCCGACUGCGACCUGACCCUGAAGUGGGCCGAAUGGCGGGGCCGCCGCCCAGAAGAGGAGCUGCCCGGCAUGGUGGUGUGGGUGACCGGGGCCUCAAGUGGAAUUGGUGAGGAGCUGGCUUACCAGCUGAGCAAGCUAGGAGUUUCUCUCGUGCUGUCUGCCAGAAGAGAGAACGAGCUGGAGAGAGUGAAAAGAAGAUGCCUGGAGAAUGGGAAGGUAAAAGAAAAAGAUGUCCUCAUUCUGCCCCUGGACCUGACCGACAGAAGUUCCCACGAGGUGGCCACCAAAGCGGUUCUCCAGGAGUUCGGUAGAAUUGAUAUUCUGGUCAACAAUGGAGGAAGAUCCCAACGUUCUUUGCUUAUGGAUACCAACAUGGAUGUCUUCAAGGAGUUAAUAGAACUAAACUAUUUAGGGACAGUGUCCUUGACCAAGUGUGUUCUGCCUCACCUGGUUGAGAGGAAGCGAGGCAAGAUUGUGACCGUGAAUAGCUUUGCAGGGGUUGUAUCAGUGCCUCUUUCCAGCGGAUACUGUGCCAGCAAACAUGCUCUUCGGGGGUUUUUCAAUUGUCUCCGAACUGAACUUGUGGAAUAUCCAGACAUAGUAGUUUCUAACGUCUGCCCAGGACCUGUGCAGUCACAGAUUGUGCACAACGCCUUUGGGGAAGAAGUCACAAAGGCUGUGGGCAACGGUGGGGACCAGUCAUACAAGAUGGCCACGAGUCGCUGUGUGCAGCUGAUGUUAGUCACCAUGGCCAAUGAUUUGAAAGAGGUUUGGAUUGGAGAUCAACCUUUUCUGUUGGUGGCAUAUUUGUGGCAAUAUAUGCCAACCUGGGCCUGGUGGAUAACCAACAAGUUUGGAAAGAAAAGAAUUGAAAGCUUUAAAAGUGGUAUGGAUGCAGAUGCCUCUUAUUUUAAAUCCUUGAAGAAAAAACAUGAUUGAACGGAACACUUGCAGUUUCUGAGCUAUUGAGGGAAGAGUUAAAAACAUCAUAGCAAUCUACUUAUAUUUUUCAAUACAACUUUACUUUCAACAUAUAAUGAACAAUAAAGACUGCCAUGAAUCUUAUAUUAAUAUAUACUAUGUUCUUGAAUAAAAUACUGAAAAAUUUUAA